AUCUUGAACUUCUACAACUUACACGUUUUAAUAAGAAUAUUAGAAGUAGAGGAUUAUAAUAAUGUCGUAAAUUCAAGUUUCUCGCCAAAUAUCGAUUUUCGAGAAUGAAAAUCUCGAAAUUUUAUUGAUUCUAGUAAAAAGUCGAAUCGACUAUAAGUGCUUCAAUUCGAUUUAAAUAUGUCUUGCCCCACCUUUAUAAAAUAGGAGCAUGAUCAAUGAUGCAUGUUUUUCUGUAAUAUCGUAGAAAAUUUGUUAAUGUAAACCGUCGACACUAUGAAAACGUCAAUUUUCUUAAUUAAGUCUAGAAUAAAUCAAAUCAUUCAUACAUAUACAUAUAUACUAUGAUAAAUGUAAACACGUCUCAUGAUCUAUUUUAACCUCCUAAAAAUAUAAAACGUUCUUUAAAUUUAAAUUUAUUGUUUGCAAAGAUAAAAGUAAUUGUUUUGAAAAUGUUCUUAUCCUUAAUAUGUUCCAGCAUAUGAAUUAUUUAAUAAAUUUUAAAUAUGAUAUGCAUUCUAGCAAAUACUAAUUCAUAUGUUUAUCAAUGCACAAAAGUAUAAAAAUUUUCAAGUAUAUUGAAUAAAUAGAGCAUUUGUUAUCUCAUUCUCCGAGUCAUGUUGCAAUGUAAAUGUAACAAUGACUACUAUAAAACAUAAAAUAUGCAUGGUCUCCGACUUCUUUUAUCCUAACAUGGGUGGUGUGGAAGAACAUAUUUUUAAUUUGUCCCAAUGUUUACUAGGAUUUGGGCAUAAAGUUGUAGUGCUUACGCACUCUUAUGGUGAUAGAAUUGGUGUACGUUAUAUGACAAAUGGCCUGAAAGUGUAUUAUAUACCAGUAAAGGUAUUUUAUAAUCAGUGCGUUCUACCAACAAUGAUUUGUUCAAUUCCUCUCAUUAGAUAUAUCUUUAUAAGGGAAGACAUUCAAAUAGUACAUGGCCAUUCUGCAUUCUCUGCUCUUGCUCAUGAAGGAAUGUUAAUUGGUCGAUUAAUGGGACUGAAAACUAUUUUUACAGAUCAUUCACUUUUUGGCUUUGCGGAUGCAUCUGCUAUUUUAACAAAUAAAUUUCUAGAAAUAUCAUUAGCUGAUUGUAAUCAUUGUAUAUGUGUAUCUCAUACUGGAAAAGAGAAUACAGUAUUAAGAGCAAAGGUUCUGAAAGAGAAGGUUUCUGUUAUUCCAAAUGCAGUUGAUACUACAUUAUUUAUGCCUGAUAUCACUAAACGGGAUAACAAUUUUAUUACGAUAGUCAUAGUAUCGCGAUUAGUAUAUCGCAAAGGCGUCGAUUUAUUAGCUCGCAUAAUACCCAAUAUUUGUAGUCGAUACACCGACGUACAAUUUCUAAUUGUUGGAGAUGGUCCCAAAAGAUGGCUUAUAGAAGAGGUACGAGAAAGAAAUUUAUUACAACACAGAGUUACGUUAUUGGGAAGUUUGGAACAUUCUCAUGUUAGACACGUGUUAAAUAAAGGACAUAUAUUUCUCAACACAAGCUUAACUGAAGCUUACUGCAUGGCAAUUGUUGAAGCUGCGGCAUGCGGUCUGCAAGUUGUUUCAACAAAAGUUGGUGGUAUACCUGAAGUAUUACCUCCAGAUUUAAUUUAUUUAGUGGAACCUACGGUACAUGCUCUUAUUGAAGGACUGGAAUCUGCUAUAAGAGAUUAUAAAGAAGGCAAUACUAAAUGUCCAUUUGAAAUGCAUAAAAGAAUAAGUUUAUUUUAUAAUUGGUUUAAUGUUACUAAAAGAACUGAGAUAGUUUAUAAUCUAGUAAAGCAAGAAACAAACAAAAAUUUGGGACAACAAUUAGCUAAUUACGUUCGAAGUGGAGUAUUGGCGUACUUGUUGGUUGUGUCACUGUGCUAUAUUAUUUUACAAAUUUUGGAAAUUGUUGUUCCAAGAAAGUACAUUGAUAUUGCGAAAGAUUACAUCGAGAUCAACGUUAUACAGUCUCAAGGAGAACGAAAACAAGAUUAGUAUUUUAUUUAUUAGAUAUACAAUGAAAUUUAAACUGAAAUUUCAUUUCAGCGAUAUGUAUUUUAUAUGCCAAAACAUUCCUAUCGGUGUAUGGGUUAUUGACAUUGUUAUUGUUAAUACAACAUUCUACCCAAAAAGAACAUUUUUAUAUUCGUUUAUAUAAUAUCGUUUGU